AUUAAGCACGAUGGGGGAACGGUGGCGCCGUCCAAUGAGUGCCUGAUUGAGGUCGCGGUACGUAGCGGGAUUGAGUACAUGGUGCUCUCCUCGGCACUCGCUCGCGUUCGAUUGAGUUCCCCAGUCGGGCAACACGGUCUAGACUUGGUCAUGAAUCCUGAUUUAAUAGCAUCCGUGCGAGAAAGGGCCGAGGCUGAAUGUUGUUUUGGAUUCCAGUCACGGAGGUCCGGGGUCGCGGGUCAAGAGGCACCGAUUUGGCUGAGUCAGCAGAUAGUUCUUCACCUCACGAUCCAUCGUCCUGCCCAAAGCCAAUCCAAAUCCAACUCUAAUCCGCUAUUCGCAAAUGAAGCCUUUGUUGGAUAGAUGUCAGGACGCGAAGAAGGAUGACGAGGGAUCUCAGUUGGGGAUUUAGCAUCGCGACACGUGGGGGCGGCAUUUCAUCCGCGUUUUUUGCGAAAUCGUAACGAGUGCUCGUGCGGGGCUAUUUAGGCCAGCGUAGGCUUGACAACCCCCUUUCCUCCCCCCCGUCGCGCUUUCCCUUGUACAUUAAGACGGAUCGGCUCCGGUCUUACACUUUCGUUCCCCCGCCACUGUCUCCCGCCUUGUCGCUUUGCAUCCACUACCCGCGCCACCUGCACACUUCGCGGCCUAUUAUCUACCUUCGUUCCCAUUUGAAACUGCGACAUCCCCAUGGCGUCUUCUACAUCUAUCGCCAACCUGAAUCGCAUCCGGCGCAAGCCUGCACCGAGCAUUCCCGCCGACCUCGCGCAGAUUGCGGAUGACGAACACGCCAGCGUCUUUGACUGUUUCGCUACACCUCAGAAGCGACACUCGUUUACGCUCUAUCCUGCUGUACUGCCUGACACGGCGUCCAUCGCGCCCUCGGUCUCUCACCGCUCGCACUCUUCGACAGAUUUCAGCUUCGAGACCCACCUGCACGGGACCUCGCCCUCGCGAGCCGGUUCCCCACACUACGUAACACGACGGCGGGCUGAAUCCACCGCGCCUCUGCACACGGAUCUGCCGUCCUGCCCGCCAUCUACAGAGACUCCGGCAUUCCCCGCGCCGCGCCCCAGUUUUCUCUCCCGACUCAAUCUCUUUUCGGCCGCCGCGGCCGCGACGACGACGCCGGCACCAGUCAGAGUGCGCAAAGACACGAUCUCGGCGCCUCGCUCGACCUCGCUCGCGUCGCUUCCUGCGGGGAUGGUCCCACCGGAGCUCGCUGCGCUCUCUGGUCGGCCGCCCAUCGCGAUGCGCGAGCUGAAGCUGCCUGUGCCGGCUCGGUCAGGAUCGAGAUCAUCCUCGGCCUCGGAUUUGACUCGGGCGUCGUCCAGUGACGACUCGGCAGAAUUCGAUACGGAUGUGACCUCGCCGCCCACUUCACCGACCUCGCCGUUGUCGCUGGUGCCGAAACACCCCUGCGACGACGGACUCCCCACGCUCAACUUUCUGCCACCGACGCCACCGAGUGGGUUCAUUGGAGCAAGGCGGAGCGUUAUUCGCAAGCCCAGUGCUUUGUCGCAGCCUGAAAUGGUACAAUCUUCUGCGUCGAUUAGCGAGCAACUCCCAUCCUCAACUAUGACCCUGCCUCAAGCGUCACUCCCCGUCCGGUCUAUCUCUCUCCCUCAUCUCAUGGCUACUCCGUCUCAUCUUUCAGCUUCCGCUUCGUCGACUAGAAGUAGCAAACACGGAAAACGUAAGCCCGCGCCCCUGCCGGCGCUUUCUACCCCGACGAAGGAAUCGCUCGUUUCUGCCCUCUCACGAGAAGUUGUCGAUUCGCGGGGUGUCAGGAUUCCGUUCGGGCAAUUACUCGGGCUGGACGAGGUCGGUGAUGGUGUCAAUGUGCAGAUCGAAGAGGGGAGCUCGACGAGAGGGAAUGGCAAGCACAUUCAUCGGACGCUCGUGAUCUUUCUGCGGCACUUCUGGUGCCCGUUGUGCACCGACUACGUUGCCGCGCUCGCUGGCGGCGUCCGGAAAGUUGCGGAGGAUGAAGCUUGUUCGUGUAAGAAGCCUGGUGCGUUGGGGGUAUCGAAUUCCGAAGCGUACCUUGCGAGUGUCGUGCGAUUCAGCCUCUCGGCCGAGGGUAGAUCCGACUGUGGGGAAGGGGCAUCAAGUGAAGGGACGAACGCCGAAGGGAACGCCCAUUGGGCUGCCAAGGCCUGUGGUGGCAUUUUCGGCAAGGAACGGUUAGGUUCUGACGAAGAAACGGCGCAGACACACAUAGUUUUGAUCGCACCCGGUGCUCAUACCAUUGCCAAGCGAUGGUUGCAGUCGUUCGACUUUCCCCAAGCUGCCGUACAAAGUGUUCGGCUUUUCGUGGAUCCGCGACCUGCGGAGGGUCUUUAUGCGGCGCUCGGUAUGGGCUGGGCUGAUGUUAGCAUGAACCCGGACCCAGAAGCGGACCCCGAGAGUUACAUCACGCAUGGGCUCAUGGGCGGUGUCGGUGCUGUGGUCAUGCGAGCGGUGCGCGCUGGCGUCCCGCUCUGGGCGAAAGGUGGAGAUAUCGGCCUUCUGGGCGGCGAGUUUGCGUUUGAGUGUGUGCAGACUAGUCCCCCGACUUUGCGGUGUGUAUAUGCCCAUCGCAUGCAGAGUCCUCGGGGCCAUGCUGCUGUCGAGACGGUGCUCUCGAAAGUGGGCGUCAGUGUUUCGCCAGAGGAGAAACUACCCCGGUCCAUGGCUGCACGGAAUCUCAGCACGUCGUCGCUCCCUCGGUCUAGUUCGAGUGGAUUGCUGAGAACAUUGCUCGGUUCUUCGACUUCGACGUCUUCUUUCACGCCUGAAAUCGACGUGCCUCGCUCCUCGUCUGCUGGAACCGGCGGACGAGGCUUUUUAGCCCGACUUGCGUUGAAGAGUGGUGGAGGAUUGAGGAUGGCCCGGUCGUUCUCGUCGCCCGCUGGAAGACCGCUCGUCCAGCCGCAGCAGCCGCAGCAGCAGCAACAACAACAACAUUCGAAGACAGUCAGUGUGAUCUGGGAGGAGCCAGACGGCGAGCUAACGAGAUCCAAAUCACGGGUUCCCGCCAUCCCGCCGACGCUCUCCACCUCGUCGUCCCGGCCCUGGGCGAGUGACUCGAUGGAGGAAUUCCCGUGCGAAAACGAGUCGGACGAGGCAUCCCACGGGCACAACGAUGGUUGGGAGCACGUGUGGAUGCGCGCCCGGGCGAGAAGUCUGGCGCGGCUGAAGGCGAGGAAGGAUGCGAGAAGAGGAGUCCAGAUGUGACGUUGUAUUAUAUUUCGAGUUGUAGCGAACAUCCUAUCUAUGUAUUAUAUUCCUAUGGUAUUCUGUACUAUUGCCUAUUAUCUAUACGCCAAGUGGCUCUUCAAUUUCUAUUUACCCCGAGGUUAAUCUAUUCCCACGUUCUUUGAA